AUGACCUGUUACAAGUACGUUGUCACAGCACAAAAACCAACGGCUACGCACUUUACAGUCAAGGGUCCAUUCACUGCUAGCACCGAUGUUAAUCUUAUCCUUGGCAAAGGAACACGCAUCGAGAUCUAUACAUUGACACCAGAUGGCUUGAAGCCUACGCUUGAAUUCAGUAUCUAUGGCACGAUUCGAGCUCUCGAUCUAUACAAGCCUCGUGGACGAGACAAGGCAUCCUUAUUUGUGCUCACCAGUCGACGCAUGUUUUGCAUCUUGUCCUACUCUGAACGCACGCAGCAAAUCAUCACUGAAGCAAACGGCGAGAUUGGACCAACAGGGCCACCACAUCUUUGGUCGAAUCGCAUGUUCGGCUUACUUGAUCCGACAAGUCGUUAUUUUGCUAUUGGUCUACAUGAACGCAUGAUAUCAGUCUUAACGCACGACGCUUUCACACAAAUCCAAGCACGUGAGGGAUAUUCAACUCGCAGAAGCUCAUUGAAAACGAGAGAGACUCGACGCAAAUCAUCAACUCAUUAUCAACGACCUGAACCAUCCAACCAAAUCAAUCUUGGACUCGGUGAAAAAAAGUUGGUGAGCAUGGUGUUUUUGCAUGAUGCAAAGGAACCAACACUUGCAGUAUUGUACGACGAUCCAGAUCGGGAACGUUUCCUGCAAACCUUUGUACUUCACACACGAUCAGGCGAAUUCUUCCCAGAUCAACUCUUGAUAUCACAACUGCGUGCCGAUGAGAAUGACAAUCUUUUGAUCGCUGUCCCAUCCCCCAUCGGUGGUGUAUUACUGAUCGGUGAAACAACCAUUCGCUAUCUCAAGAAGGAUCAUAAUCCAAAGGCUGUUGGUAUACGCAAUUGUAGCAUCAAUUGCUACACUAUGAUUAAUCGGGAAGGAACACGGUUUUUGCUGGGUGAUCGGACCAUGGGCCAUUUGUAUCUUCUCACGCUCAAGGUGAUCGACGAUGGUGUGGAUGAGAUCAACUUUAUACGGCUUGGCCAGACUUCGGCACCAAUAUGCUUAGCGUAUCUUGACAAUGAUGUCGUGUUUGUGGGUUCACACGUUGGUGAUUCUCAGCUGGUGCAUAUCAACAGCAGCCAAACCAAUUCUGCAGACGAUAUCCUCGAAGUCAUGGAAGAGUUCCCUAACUUGGCGCCCAUUCCUGAUUUUUGUGUGGUGGAUUUGGAUAAGCAGGGGCAAGCACAAUUGGUGACAUGUUCAGGAGCUGGUCAAGAUAGUUCAUUAAGGAUUAUUCGCAAUGGCGUUGGAUUGAAUGAGCUGGCUGCUAUUGAUAUUACGGGCGUGAAAGGGAUAUGGUCGCUAAGACCAGCAUUUGAUUCCAGCCACGAUGACAUGAUUGUGUUUUCCUUUAUCAACCAAACGAGUAUAUUGCAGCUGCGAGACUAUGAGAUGAGCCAGAUACACCCAUAUGCAAGCUUUGACAUUUCGCGACGUACACUAGCAGCAGGCAAUGUUGUGGGCAACUUUAUCAUUCAAGUCACGGAUCAAAGCGUGCGAUUGAUGGAGACAGGUGUACAUGGAAAUUUGCUGGAUGAAUGGAUACCAAAGGAUGGUGCACAAAUUACGGUGGCAAGUUUGAAUCCAACGCAGUGCGUCUUAUCAACAGGCCAUGGUCGACUUUUUGUGCUGGAGGUUCAAGAUCAUCGUAUCAUGGAGACAGGAGACACGCAGCUCAAUGAUGAGAUUUCAUGUAUCGACAUUACCCCGCUGGAUACGUCAAGCCCGCAAAAAACAUCGGUCGUGGCGAUUGGUGUGUGGCAGCAGGUUGGGGUUCGUCUUUUAUCCCUACCAACAAUGCAAGUGGUGGCCGAGGAAAUACUGGCUGGUACAGCUAUGCCUCGUUCUAUUCUAAUGGCCAAAUUUGAGGACAUCUCUUAUCUUUUGGUUGCUCUUGGUGAUGGUCAAUUCUACAACUUUAAGCUUGACACCCGUGAAGGGCGAUUAUGGGACAAGAAACGUUCGUUUUUGGGUAAAAUGCCUAUUGCCCUGGGUACCUUUUCAUCCAACGACACCACACACGUCUUUGCCGCAUCCGACAAGCCAAGUGUCAUCCACAGUCGCAAUCAAAAGCUUAUCUACUCUAACGUCAACUUGAAGGACGUGCGUUGUGUUACCUCGUUCAACAGCUCUUCAUUUCCCGACGCCGUUGCAUUGACGACCAAAGAUGGAUUGGUUAUUGGCCAAAUGGAGGAGAUCCAAAAGCUGCACAUUACCAAGAUUGGCACCCGAGAUACCCAAAGCAGGAUCGUGUAUCAAGAAUCAUCAAAGACAUUUGGCGUUAUCACAUCACGUCUGAUUGCAAGGAAGUACGAGUCACCCAAUGCCACCACCAGUGCCUUUGAAGUACACGAUGAUCAAACAUUCAAAUUAAUCGAUCGGAUCUAUGUCAAGAACCACGAGAGGAUCAUGUCAGUGGUCAAUGCUGUUUUCGACAAUGAUGGAGAUGAGUACUAUGUGCUCGCUACAGGGUAUACCAAUGAUCCAUACGAGCGAGAUGCUAUUGGAAGGCUGGUGGUGUAUCGCAUUACAGCCGAUCGUAAAUUGGAAUUUGUGAGCCAACUCAAGGUGGAUGGUAUUGCCGACAAUUUGCGAUUGUUUCAAGGAAAGCUUCUGGCAAGCGUCUCACAAAAGAUACAAUUGUUCCGGUGGGAGCUCGAAGUAAGCGGACGUGGUCAUCUAGCACUUGUAUGCUCUUGUCCCAUUCCAUCUAUUUGUGAAUCUAUUGCAACACAUGGCAACAUGAUUGUGAUUGGUGAUAUGGCACGUGCUGUGGUGGCAAUGCGAUACAACCCACAAAAGCAAACUAUUGAAGCUGUGGCUCACGACAAGCAACCCAAAGAGAUAACGGCUGUUGAAGCAUUAGGCGAUGAUCUCUAUCUUGCAGCUGAGGAAAGUGGCCAUUUAUUUGUCUACAAGCACACAACGACCAAGGUCGAGGAAGAAGGAGGAGGAGGAGAAAGAGCUAUCCCUGGGGCGAAUGGCAGCGCCAACACCACCAACAUGGAUCAAGUAGAAGAUCGUCUUGACAUUGUCGGGCAGUGGCACUUUGGUGAACGCAUUCAUAGUUUUCGAUUUGGUUCUUUGGCUACCAAUCCACCUGAUCCAGACACUCGGCCAGUGGCACCCUCUCUUAUCUUUUGCACAGCUAAUGGAUCCAUCGGCGUGCUAGCAGAUUUAUCAGGAGAACGCUUCAAGCUCUUACUACAAAUGCAAAGCAACCUCGUCAAGGUGGUACCGAGCAUUGGUCAUUUAAGCCAUACAGACUGGCGAAAUAUUGACGUUCGUGAUAUACGUGACAAAGCUGUCAACUUUAUCGAUGGUGAUUUGAUUGAAAGCUUCUUGGAUUUGACACCACAAGAGAUGCAAAAUGUAGUCGAUGGUCGUAACGGCGGUCGAAGAUUGGAGUCCUCUGUUGAAGAUUUAUGCAAGGUAGUCGAAGAGCUUAUGAGUGUACACUCCUAG